UCCUCUAUUCUUUGAAAACUCUGGAACCAGCGAGCAUGAGAGGGAGAUUCAGAUAGCAACUCCUUCGAUCUUCCCUCUUCUUCUUCCUCCUUCAUUGAGACUGAGGCCAGCAACCUAGCCGUCAACGAGAGCAAGAGCUCUGCUCGUCGCUGCUGUAACGUCCAUUGGAAACCCUUGCAUUGAGGAGCAGAUCGUAAGACCAAGGUUCCCCUGUUUAGCAUCCAAGCUCCUCCUUUUUCCCUUUUCUUCUUUUCGUCAAUCAUCGUGAGGCUUCCUUCCCUGUCAUCAGUUCACCGUCGACAGGUGUGUGAAUUCCAGCCAUCAUCAUCAAGUCUUCAUCUUCUCUGUUCGAACAUCGGGUUCCUCUUUCCUCUUCGAGCAGCAGCAAUAAUCCGGUGCGUAACCUUUUUGCUGUGGAUGUUGGGUGCAUCAGACUUUUACCUCGCUUGUUUCAAUGUCGACUGCCUCUCUUCUCCUUCCUCAUAUUCACAUGGUGACACUUUCUUCUCUAUAUGGUUCUGUAUCGCCGCUGUGUUUGUCACUAGUGCGCCUUGGCUGGAGUUCACUGCUAUUGCAGCAUUUUUGAUAUCGCCAAUUUGGUGUGAGGAAGCUACAAGUUGUGCCUUUCGUUCCUCAAUUAUUUUGAUUUGGAGGGGAUUUUAUACAGAACACUGGUUGCUAACGACAGUUCUGUUAGCCCUUGGCGCGCCAUGGUACACCUAGCUAGCAGAGUGUUUAUAGGAGGUGCUAGCCCCGUGCGAUGGCCAACGCACGUGGAACAGAGGGAUCGUUAUUUGUGAGUAUCGUACUCACGUUUGUUUCGUGGCUUCAAACUGCGUUUGGUUAGCAUUACCUUCGUAAAUUAUGUGUCCACGUUUGUCUUUGUGGCAAGAGCCGUAUUUGGUUAUUUACCCUAGUAGACUUUGUGUCCACGUUUGUUAAUU